GCCGCUGCCUCAGCCACUGCUUGGCUUGUUGGUGGAGCAGGCGUCCCCAAUCUGGGACCCAGACCACAUCCCUAUCGCUUUAAGGGGGCGUGUGUGACUAGGUGUCUCUGAGUAAGGGUCCGGGGAUUCCUGGGCUGGGUGGGCGGAACCCCAGCUCUGCGGUCGUGACGCGCCGGGAGCCGCGAUGGAGAGCAGGUGCUACGGCUGCGCGGCCAAGUUCACCCUCUUCAAGAAGGAGUGCGGCUGUAAGAGCUGUGGCCGGGCCUUUUGUUCCAGCUGCCUUCGCUUCAGCGCAGUGGUGCCACGCGCUGGCAACACUCAGCAGAAAGUCUGCAAGUCAUGCUACGAGGCCCUGACCAGUGGGUCUUCUCCUGCCAGUGCUUCCAAGUGGUCACCACCUCAAAGCUACAAGAAGCGGGUGGCAGCCCUGGAAGCCAAGCAGAAGCCCAGCACUGCCCAGAGUCAGGGCCUGACCCAACAAGACCAGGUCAUCGCCGAGCGCCUGGCACGGCUCCGCCAGGAGAACAAGCCCAAGCCAGUACCCUCACAGGCCGAGAUAGAGGCACGGCUGGCCGCGCUCAAGGAGGAGCCCCGGGGCCCAGUCCCUUCCACCCAGGAGAUGGAGACGCGGCUAGCUCUGCUGCAGGGCAGGGCUCCACCUUCUCAGACCCUAAAGCCCGCACAUCAGGCACCAGAUGCCAGGACCCAGGCCCAGCAGACACAGGACCUGCUAACUCAACUGGCAGCUGAAGUGGCUAUUGAUGAGCGCUGGGAACGAGGAGGCCCAGCUGCCUGCCUCCCAAAUGACCUGAACAAAGGUGGCCCAGGGAACCAGAGCAUUCCUCUUCCAGGGCAGGCCAGCCUGUCCCCAGAAGAGGAGAAGAGCAGACUGCUGGCUGAGGCUGCGCUGGAGCUGCAGGAGGAGAACAUGAGGCAGGAGCGGAUCCUGGCCCUUGCCAAGCGGCUGGCUAAGCUGCAGGGACAGGACCCAGAGAAAGUGACCCUGCAGGACUACUGCCUCCCAGACAGCGAUGAGGAUGAGGAAUCAGCUGUCCAGAGAGUCAUGAAGCAGCUCACUGAAGAAGCAGCCCUGGACGAGGCAAGCGGCUUUAACAUCCCUGUGCGGCUGGUUCCUCAGCCCCAGGCCAGAGUCUGUAGGGCAAAGCCUGAGGCACAGGCCAAGGCGCCCACGCCCGAGGCUGGGACAGAGGAGCUCCCCUGGUGCUGCAUCUGCAACGAGGAUGCCACCCUGCGCUGCUCAGGCUGUGAUGGAGACCUCUACUGUGCCCGCUGCUUCCGGGAAGGUCAUGAUGCUUUCGAACUGAAAGAGCAUCAGACAUUUGCCUUCCGGCCCCAGCCACCAGGUCCAGUGCACUGAAACCUGGGCCUCCUGGGAAGGUGGAACUAAAGGCAGUGCUGUGGGCCAUAACCAGGUGGGCCCAGCCUCGGGCUGUGCUCCUGCUGGCUACAGCCCUUCAGAGACCCUGGAAGAAGGCAAGCUCUGCACUGGAGAUAAUGACUGAAGGAGCCCUAAGGAAGGAAGAAGUGAAAGACAUGAUGGGAAAGAUCAGAUCUAAGGAUGAGCCAUGUCAGCUGGCUCCGGGGUCCAGGCCCAGCCGCUAGCAUUAAGUGGCUCUAAUAAAGUGUGUUGAUUCAGUGUA